AGACGUCAAUGCGUCAAACUUUAUAUUUAUUUCAGAGGUUACUUUAUACUUUUGAUUUUCGAAACGAGUAAAUCCUGUGAAAAUUUUACUUAGAAGAACCUCGAUCGGCCAGAUCAAUACUUCAUUAAGCACCAUGGCCAAUUCAGGGAAAGGAACAUUUCAACCGGAUUCUGACGUCCAUAUUUCCUUUGAAGACCAACAAAAAAUUAACAAAUUUGCGCGGCUAAACGCUAAAGUUGACGAUUACAAAGAUGAGCUGAAAGUGAUACAAAACGACAUGAAGAAUUUAGAGGAAGCUGUCGAAGAGCUGGCUCUUGCCGACGACAGCGAGAAGAUUCCUUAUCUUGUUGGAGAAGUAUUCAUUUAUCAGAGUCUUCAAGACACCAUGAAAUCAUUAGAAGAAUCGAAACAGAAAAAAGAAAAUGAAAUAGCUGAAUUAGAGGCAAAAUGUGAGGAACUCAAGUCUCAAAUGGCUGAACUGAAGGCACACCUUUAUGGAAAGUUCGGCAGCCAUAUUAAUUUGGAAAAUGAGGAGGAAUGACAAAUCAAGUGCAAUAUUCAGAUUUUGAAACAAAACUAACACAGCAGUGUCACAAUUUUUAUUUAAUAAGAUACAUAUUAUUAUGACUUGUACAACAGUAACUAGUAGGUUAAGUCAGACCAUAAAAAGUCUGCAGCGAUUUUGAUAGCCCACGCAGUGCAAGUGUCAUUUUAAAUGUCAAACUUCUAUGAAAUUAUGACAUAUACAUAACACUUACACUGCGUCGGCUAUCAAAUCCGCUGCAGACUUUUAUUGGUGCGACUAUUCAAAUGUUCUUACAAGUUGUAUGAAAUGCCAGGUGUUCACUGCAGCCUCAAAGUUAUGAAUCAACAUGUUUUUUAACCUUGCAAAGAUAUUUAAAUAACCAAUUACUUAAUGCUUAAAUAAUAUAAGUUUCGAAUA